AUGAUGAUGGAUUUCCAAAAACACCACCCGCCGCCACCGUAUCACCCUCAUCCCUCGCUGUUGGGAGCGGUUGCCCACGAUUCUCGAGGGGCGCCCUCAGCGCCGCCCGCCGCGCGCGCCUACGGAGGACCGCCUCGGCCACCAUCACCACGCCCAUACUACGAAAUGCUUCAACGACGAGAGUCCGAGAUGCCUCGAUCGGCUGCCACGACCCCGGGUUACAAUUAUCCGACCCCUUCGUCCGCUCCCGCCCCCGUUUCCUCCGUCGCGUACACCCAUGAGCCCGCCUACGCAUCCUUGCGGCCAGAAUCAUCCGGGUAUCACCUCGCACCGACUGGCCACGGUUCCUCCAAGAAGCAUAAUCUUCCGGCUGGGCAGCGAGACUCUGAUAACCGCCAUGAUCCCCCUUAUGAUCAUAAUUAUCUCAAUCACCAGGAUCGACGGAUGGUGUAUCGUGAAGGUGUUCAAGAUGCCUCAACCGCACAGCCGCUGGGCGCCCGCCGCAUGCCUCCUCCCUCGUCGCCGCAGCACUAUCCCGCGCGCGCUCCACCCGGCACCACACACUCUCUGCCUACCCCUUUCUUGUCGCGUGAGCCUCCCAGCAAUCCGGCUCAUCAUCGUCCCGGGAGCAGCAUGUCAAUAUCGUCCAUGCUGGGCGCGGACGCUGACCGACCAGGCCGGGAUGUAGGCUCCUCGAUUUUUGGCCGUCUGCCCGUCACGUCCGCCUCAUUUGGCAACGCGCAUCCGCCAUCGGCUCCCGGCGCGAUGUCGCCGCCGACCGCGCCCGCCCGCCCGUCUCCGCUCGACUACCCUGUCUUCCGACGAUCGCAAACUCCCGAAAAGUCCUUUGCCAAGAACCAACCCCCGCGACCGUAUCGAUCAGGGUCCGGUGGUGUACCCCAGGCGAUUCCCGAGCAGGCCAAGUUCGGUGGUCCGCCACGCGGUCACCCAUCCACCCAGUUUCCCGACAAACCCCACUCAACACACCCAUCCCCUCAGAUCCCCUCGGCCGAUGCUCCGUACAAUGAACCUCGCCGAACCAGCUUCAGUGGACCGGUACCUCGUCCCAGUAGUCAGCCGCAACAUCUCGAACCGCCGCCUCGCACGGCCGGCUACAGUCCGUUGUCUCGACCGAUCGCAGUGCCCACAACCACUAGUAUGGGAGAAGGAUCAUUUGUGCCUACACACCAGCGAGCCUCAUCCUAUAUGGGCCAUGAGCUGCCGCACAGUCGUUACGGGGGACUUUACACUGAUCGUCACGCGGAGGAACAAGCCAUUCGGGAGCGGGAGCGCGCAGUGGCACAUGAAGCCGAGUCCAAAGCUGCGGCGCACGUUGUUCCUCGCUUCGGCCAACCUUAUGGAGACCGCGACGCAGCCGCUGCUCGGUCCCAGGGGCCUUCCGCCUGGGAGCUUGGACGCUCGCAACCCGCGUCCCCCGAGGUCAAGCGCUUUCCCGCCCCGGAGCCGGGCGCUGGCUUUGGCUUCGGUGCCAUCCAGAACUACACUAAGUCGUUGGGGUCUCAGCUAGGCGGGUCGCGGGCCCCAUCGCUCUCCGUGCACUCGCAGUCAGGCCAGCCCACUCCCCCGUCGCAUGAGCAGACACCAUACCUGAGUAAGCUACAAACCGACACACGCGCCUUCCCGGUCAGCUCUUCCGCUGCCUCUGCGGGUAUGAUUCUUUCUGCCGCCUCGGAUGAACAGCGACGCAAAGGAAGCGAUGAGCUCCUAGCGCAUCGGAAUUUGCUUAGCGUCGGGCUGGACGCGAAAAGGGGUGGACGAGCCUCACCGCUGCCCCAGGCGGUGCAGGGAGCUCAGGCGCAGAUCUUGGGCCCCGCUGGGGAAUCAGGAAUCAAAAAUGAGCUGGGCCGUGUGUUCUCGGGGAUCGGAAGUGGAGUGGGCGGCGUGACGGGGUCCACGGCCGGGAGCGGACCAUCGACGCCCAUGACCUCAGCCAGCCCUUUCAAACGGGACAGUGCCACCGCCCGGUCCACCAACAGUGAAACGACAGCGGAUGAGACCAAGAUUCCCCGCCCUACCUCCGCCAACGGGAAGCGAUCUCGGAAAUCGCGCGACGAAGACAUUCGGCCUGAAACCGAGGCUGGGGCAUUGGGCGCAGCCUCCCGCGGGCGGCGAAGUCGGCACGUUCACCACCACCACCAUCACCAUCAUCACCACCGGCAUAAACCGGAGGAAGAGGCGGCCGCCCUCGGCCAGAAUCGACCUCUAUCGUCGAUGAACUUUGUCCAUCGCACGGCGACCCCCGCGGAUGGGCCAGCCACCGCGGCGGCAGCGACGCUUGCUCAUCAUCAUCACCAUCACCCCCACCACCAUCACCAUCAUCAUCACGCUCCCCGACCAGCCGGAUCAGCGGCUCCUGCUUCCUCUGUCACUCCGAUUCGGGAACCUCGCACAGUGGUAACCAUUGAACCUCUUCUGACAAGCGUCGCCCAUCUUCCUCGUCACCACCUAGGCUCUACCCUGUACGCUCCUCAUAUCGGGGUACCAACAGAAAAGGCUACCUUGGAAAGUGCCAAGUUUGGGUACACCACCACGCCUGUUCCUUUGCCCCGCUUCGAAGGGAAAGAGAAUUGCACGUUCACCAUCCGCGUCCCCCGCUUCCGAAUCGAUAACGGCCGUCGCGAGGAGAUUUGUGCUCGGCGUGCGCUUUGGGGAACCGGCGUUUAUACCGACGAUUCCGACCCCGUUGCGGCAGCCAUUCAUUCUGGCUUCAUUCGGGGCGCCUGGAGCGAGGAUGUCGAUGUGGACUUGCUUGACCUGGAGAUCCGCGACACAUACCAACACGCUCCCCAGAGAGCACAAGACAUCGGCCUCGAAGAGGGCGAGCGACCCCGGGUGCCCCCCGUUCCCCCUCCGACCAAGACCUCCACAUCACCAUUCUCAUCCUGCCUCGUCUGGAACGCCUGGGAAGGCCACCACGACGGCAUGAGCUACAAAAUCCUUCGGACGGAAUGGAUCGACGAGGGCGUCGGCCGCGGCGAAGAACGCAGCGGCGCCGCCCGCCGCAAGCGCCUUCGUACCCUGAUGCAGACGGGCCGCAUCUGCACGGGUCCCGGGGUGAUCAAAUUGGACCAGCUGCGCAAUGGAAUCCAGGUGCCGCGCCGCAAGAAGAUUGAACCGAGUCGAGAACAGCCAUCGCCGAUGCAGACCGUCUCGUGA